AGCCGCGCACGCCUGGGAUGCCCGCGGCGCCCGGCCAGACCCCGAGGAGGCGCAGGGUCCCGCCGGCCGAGAGCGCAGUAGCCCCGCUGCGGCGAGGGGGGAGCCGCCGCUUUCCGGGGGAGACGGGUUUCGGUCCCUGGCUGCCGCUGUACUCCUACCCGGGGGAGCUCGCGGAGAGUUGGAUGAAUUCUGGGUUGUUCACUGCGGUCAGCUGAGCUCCCGGGAGCCCGUUCCUGGUGGACAUCAGGGGGCGUCUGGCUAAGGGACCAGCGGCUCUCUGAGACUCAACUCAACAUGACACUCCUGGGGUCUGAGCACUCUUUGCUGAUUAGGACCAAGUUCAGAUCAGUUUUACAGUUACGACUCCAACAGAGAAGGACCCAAGAACAGCUGGCUAACCAAGGCAUCGUACCACACUAAUCCAGGCCUCCGCAGCCACAUACUUACGGCAAAGCCUUGCCCUGAAAAGCCCACCUGAAUUCCAUGAACAAAGAAAACAUUUGGAUAGUGACAAGGCUGAAGACACCCUGAAGCGCAAGGCAAGAAGCAGGUCUGACCGUGCGGCCGUGGUGAAAAUGCACAUACUCCAAGCCUCCACUGCAGAGAGACCAGUUCCGACUGCCCAGAUGAAGCUGAAAAGAGCCCGUCUCGCAGAUGACCUCAACGAAAAGAUUGCUCUCCGGCCGGGGCCGCUGGAGCUGGUGGAGAAGAACAUACUCCCUGUGGCCUCCGCUGUGAAAGAGGCCAUUAAAGGGAACCAGGUGACUUUCUCCAAGUCGACGGAUGCAUUUGCCUUUGAGGAGGACAGCAGCAGCGAUGGGCUUUCUCCGGAUCAGACUCGAGGGGAAGACCUCCAGGGCUCAGCAGGAUCCCCCCCAGACACGAAAGCUACAGAGACCCCUGUGGCGGGUCCUCGCGGGACAGUCCAGGAUCCAGAAAAUGAGAGGAGUGACUCAGCCCCACAACCCGGCAACCAGCCAGACCCGGGCAAGCAGGGGCUUGGCUCCCUGGGCACCCCCAUCCCUGUGCACACAGCCGUAAAGUCCAAGUCCUUGAGCGACAGCAAGAACCGCCACAAAAAGCCCAAGGACCCCAAGCCAAAGGUGAAGAAGCUCAAAUACCACCAGUACAUCCCCCCGGACCAGAAGGCGGAGAAGUCCCCUCCGCCCAUGGACUCCGCCUACGCCCGGCUGCUCCAGCAGCAGCAGCUCUUCCUGCAGCUGCAGAUCCUCAGCCAGCAGCAGCAGCACCGCUUCAGCUACCCCGGGCUGCACGCAGCUCCCCUCAAGGAACCAAAUGAGCAGAUGGCCAGAAAUCCAAACGCUGCUUCAGCACCGUUGAGCAAUACCCCUUUGUCUCCUGCCAAAAACAGCUUUUCUGGACAAACUGGUGUCUCUUCUCUCAAGCCAGGCCCACUCCCAUCCAACCUAGAUGAUCUGAAGGUCUCUGAGUUAAGACAACAGCUUCGAAUACGAGGUUUGCCCGUGUCCGGUACCAAGACGGCCCUCAUGGACCGACUCCGGCCCUUCCAGGACUGCUCUGGGAACCCUGUGCCCAACUUCGGUGACAUCACGACGGUCACCUUUCCGGUGACGCCCAGCAACGCGCUGCCCAGUUACCAGUCCUCCCCCUCCACCGGCGCCCUGUCCAACGGCUUCUACCACUUCGGCAGCACUAGCUCCAGCCCCCCGAUCUCGCCCGCCUCGUCUGACCUGUCGGUGGCGGGGUCCCUGCCGGACACCUUCAACGACGCCUCCCCAUCCUUCGGCCUGCAUCCCUCCCCGGUGCCCGCGUGCGCCGAGGAAACCCUCAUGGGCAGUCUGAACGGCGGCUCCAUGCUUCCGGAGCUGGACGGGCUAGACUCGGAGAAGGACAAGAUGCUGGUGGAGAAGCAGAAGGUGAUCAACGAGCUCACCUGGAAGCUCCAGCAGGAACAGAGGCAGGUGGAGGAGCUGAGGCUGCAGCUGCAGCAGCACAAGAGGAGCGGCUGUCCCGACAAGAAGCCGCCGCCCUUCCCGGCCGCCCCCAUCAAGCAGGAGGACGCCGUGUCCAGCUGUCCUUUCUCAUCCCGGCAAACGGCCGUGAAAAGACAGAGCACCGGCUCGGAGGGCCAGCCGCCACCGCCUCGGGAGGACGCUCAGCUCCUGCCCCUGGGGAGCACUCACUGUGCAGAGCCCUCGGGUCAGACCAACGUCCUGUCUUCCACAUUCCUCAGCCCGCAGUGCUCACCGCAGCAUUCGCCCCUCGGGGCUGUGAAAAGCCCGCAGCACAUCAGUUUGCCCCCGUCGCCGAACAACCAUUACUUCCUUCCCCCGUCAUCAGGCGCCCAAGGAGAAGAACACAGGGUCUCCUCUCCUGUCGGCGGCCAGGUGUGCACUGUGCAGAACUCAGGGGCACACGAGGGCCACCCUCCAAGCUUCUCUCCCCAGCCUCCCAGCCUGCACCCCUCUUUCUCUGGAACCGCGGCAGACAGCAGUCAUGGUGCCGGGGGCAAACCUUCUCCCAAAAGCCCAGGUGUGCAGCAAAAGAUGGUGGGUCUGCACUCUUCUGAUAAGGCAGGGCCAAAGUUUCCAAUUCCGUCCCCAGCGUUUUCCAAGUCCACUUCCACGGUUUCAGAAAUAACCCAGCCGCCAUCCUACGAAGAUGCAGUGAAGCAGCAAAUGACCCGGAGCCAGCAGAUGGAUGAACUCCUGGAUGUCCUCAUUGAAAGUGGAGAAAUGCCCGCUGACGCCAGAGAGGAGCAUUCAUGUCUUCACAGAGUCCCAAAGAUCCCCGGGUCUUCUCGAAGCCCCACUGGUGCACUCCCCAAGUCCUCAGCAGCCUUUGAACCGGCGUCCGCAGGAGGCCAGCUCUCCUUUGAUCACUUCGGUGCUGACAGCGAUGAGCACCUGGAAGUCUUAUUAAAUUCCCAGAGCCCCUUGGGGAAGGUGAGCGACACCGCCCUUCUGAAAAUCGGGAGUGAGGAGCCCCCUUUCGACGGGAUGAUGGAUGGAUUCUCAGGGAAGGCUGCAGAAGACCUCUUCAAUGCACACGAGAUCCUGCCGGGCCCCCUGUCCCCCAUGCAGACUCAGUUUUCACCCUCCUCUGUGGACAGCAGUGGGCUGCCCUUAAGCUUCACAGAAUCUCCUUGGGAAAGCAUGGAGUGGCUGGACCUCACGCCGCCCAGCUCGACCCCAAGCUUCAGCUCCCUAUCUACCGGGGGCCCCAGCAUCUUCAACAUUGAUUUCCUGGAUGUCACGGAUCUCAAUCUGAAUUCCCCCAUGGACCUCCACUUACAGCAGUGGUAAACACCUGAUGAAGUGCUAAGGAAGGCCAAGAGGAAUCCCAUCGGGGAAAGCACAUGACCACAAAUAUUUACAGUCUCCCAAAGAAGGAGGAGCUAGAAGAGGAGGAGAGGAAGAAGAGGGAGGAGGAAGAAGGAGAGGAGGAGCUGGAGAGAAUGAAAAACAAGCGUGGAGACUUCUGUGACGACCAGAAAGAACAAACAGGAGUCUUUUUUUUUAAUAGAUGGAUAGUGUAAUUUUUGCCAACAUUCAGUGACCGUUAUUGAUUUCAGCAAUGCCUUCAAAAUUAUGUUUUUUCAGAUCAAGAAUGCAAAAAAAAAAAAUUUCUUCCAAUGCCUUUCAAACACUAACCUUUUUUUGUAGCUUGUAUUUUUUUUCAGGCACUGUUGGGGCAUAAUCUCACUUUGUAAGCUUUUCUCAUGAAUUUGUUACUCUUACCAUGGAAAGAAGUUGUAAGCUCUCUGGGGAACACACAGAAGCCAGUCCUUCAAAGGUGAUGGAAGUCGUACCCCUGAAGGCUUCUUCUCCUGUCUCCGUCACCCGCCUUUCAAAAUAGAGGUCAGGCCCAGUGUCAGAUUCUUAAAGCAGAACAGAGGGACAGGACCAAUCCAUUCCCAGGGAAGUGAAGUGACCUCAGUAUCCCUUGGCCACAAAGCCACCCCCUACAGUGACCCCAACCCUGUACCCAGGACUCCAUGUGGUCACUGAAAACAACCCACCUACCUUUGGCCCAAAGAACCCCACCUGAAAUUUCCCUUUCUUAACCAGUGGCCAGAUCACUGUCACUGUCUCCGUGGUGAUGUGUGUGCUCGGUCGCUCGGUUGGUUGUGUCCGACUCUUUGCGACGCCCUGGGUUGUAGCCCGCCAGACUCCUCUGUCCGUGGGAUUUCCCAGGCAAGAAUACUGGAGUGGGUUGCCAGGUCCUCCUCCAUGGGAUCUUCCCCACCCAGGGAUCGAAUUCGGGUCUCCUGCAUUGGCAGGUGGAUUCUUUACCACUGAGCCACCUGGGAAUCCCGCCACGGUGUUGAGCACUGUGAAACAGGAGAGAACCCUGAAGCAAGAGAGAGACAAAACCUCCUGCCAUUCUCCAGCACAGCCUCCUUAGUGUCAAAGGCUAGAGACGACCAUGUAAGCAAAUCAGAAGUAUCUCUCUGGUCUCAAGAAACUGUUAUCAGGAAUAAGGCAGACAGCACAAAAGAACAUCAUUUCACGUAUGGCGGGAAUAAACACAGUGGGUUGCUAUUCAUAUAACAGGGUGAUUAUUUAUGGACGUUUGGCUUCUCUUUUUAUUUUCUUAUUGGAAAGAGGGGUUCACCUCCAUUAUCUUUCUCCCACUCUAUACUUUUCUUUCAAAUUCUCCAUCCUUUCUCUCCCCUCUUUUGAAGAUCUCCCUUUCUCUGCUCCAACAUUGGGAGAAGAGGAUUUCAUCCAUUUACCAGCUGUCCUACUGCUAAUAAAACCAUACGUUAAAAAGCUGAAAGUCAAGAUUCUCCCGGGUAACUCAUUUUCCAUCCGCAUAAUAACUUGCUGUAAAAGGAAGUCAAAAGAAAGAAAUCGAAGGAAAGAAACCAAUGAUUCCAUCCACAGUCAUGAAGCUCCCCCUACCUCCAUUUGGUUGGCAGUCACUGAUUUGGGUUGCUCUGGGGAAAACCGGAACUCGUUAUGUUGUAAAGGUAAAUACAAAGUAUAGUUCCAAGCAAAGAGUAUUUUAGGUCUGCGUUUCUGAAAAAAACACAAUCGCACGUCGAAAGGAUGGAAGGAAAAAAAGACGAUGGUCUCCUGUGCAUUCCUCGCCACUUCCCCUGCUUUUGCUGGGAGUUGAAAACUUAAAUUGCAGGAUCGUCUCUAAGACUCACUGUGGUUCUAAUGCACGGAUUCAUAGUGUUGCAUGCUGUAGAAGGUAGCUCUCGCUGUUUUUAUUUUUUAUUUAAAUCACUAAGGCACUGUUUUCUUCUUUUGUAAAAAAAAAAAAAAUUGUUCACUGUGCACUUAUGGAGAAAAUAACCAAACAUGUUGUGAUUUUAGAAGUUCUCUUUUUGAAAAAAAAAAAAGAUUUAGAAGUCAUUCCAUUGUUAACCUGUUAACAUGUGUGAACACAGAGUGUUUUUGGUGAUUGCUACUCUGAAAGCUGCCGCAUCUUACUGGGGGGUGGGGAGGGGAGAAGGGGAAUAUCUAUAUUAUAUAUGUAUAUGUAUAUAUAUAUAUACACACACACACAUAUGCAUGUGUGUAUAGAUAUAUACAUAUGUAUAUGUAUGUGUGUCUAUAGGUAUGUGUGGAUAUGUGUAUCCAUAUAUACACAUCCAUAUGUACAUAUACAUACACAUGUGUGUAUGUGUGUGUAUCUUCAAGGCAGUGCAACGGAGUUCUAUACCAAAAGCCUUUAAGCCUCCAUCUGCUGUGAAAUGAUCUUGGCCUUUCUCACCACGCGUUCCCGAUUCAUCACCCAGACUACAAGUUGCUUCGACAUAUGACUCAUGGCUCCAACCCAGUGACGCACAGCCAGCUGCUUACGAUGAACAAGCCCGUCUUGACAGUGACUGUGAUGUGAAGAGCCAGAGAGCAUUCACCUUUGGUCACUGGAAAGGUACUGCCUCCUCUCACAGAGAGCAGCGGUGGAAGGCGACCGUCGUUUUACAUUCCUUCAUUGGCCUUGUGCUUUAAAAGAGCCACACGGUACAUUUUCCACUUUGCUUUGAUGUCUGUCAUCAAAACCAAAGAUCCUGAGGGGAAAAUUGCCAUCUCGUCUUUGAUGAUGAAGCUAUGGGGAAGGAAACCUUCCUGACACAUUCCUCACCUUUGUGUGUUCCUCAGACGUUGACAUUUUGGGGGGGGGGGGGAUCUUGACAAAGCUCGCUAGUCAGUCCGCUUCUCAUGUGCCAAGUUGUGUGAAUUUUUUAAUCUUAUUUUUAUUCCCCUUCCUUUGGAAAACAACCUCACAGCAAUCUCUGAGACUCUGGUCUGAGUGUCGAUUAUUUUUUCCCUUUGGGUAUUUCUGUCUGAAGGGCUAGACUUGGCUAGGAGGCCCCUGUCUUUGUAAGACUAUGCAUUUUCAUUGGGAUAUUUUUAGGCUAUUAUCUGGCACUGACAUAUAUGCCUCACAGUUAAUGAAAGAUAUUUGCUGCUACAAACCGGCACACAACCCGGAGCAGACUCCAGGAUCAUUGCUUUCAACCUCCACCCACAACCCCCACCCACCAUCUUCACGCUCUCUUUCCUUAGAUCAGAUGUGAGAUUUGAAAGAUAAAACUGAGGAUAAUUGGGAAAAGGUUGAUGAAGCUGGUUGCUCCCUGAUCAUCUGUGUUAAUUUAUAUUUCCUAUAAGGGAUUUUUUUUUUUAAGUUCUUUUAAACUCUUAAUUGUGUCUUCUAUUCUGGUGACAAAUUGGGCAUGACUAAAAGAUGUACAGAGACUUAAGAAGAUGGCCACGGUCAAGUUUCUUAAGGCUCUUAGAGCCUGAAAUUGACCACAUGUGGUCCUCUCAAGGUCCCCAGGACUACCCUGUGGCAAAGCUGACCUGCAGACAUUUGCAGCUGCUGCCAACUCUGGUGCAGUCCUGUGGGUUCACCCUUAUCCCACGGAUUCAGGAAGUUCCUCUGUCCUUCCAUUAAGCCUGUGCUCAGUAGAAGCCCUGCUUCUAACAGUGCUAUUGAGAUGAUACACAUUCUACUAGAAGGAAAGGGAGAGGAAGGGGGAAAGGAAAGAAGGAAGGAAGGAAAGAAGGAGGAAAGGAAGGAAGGUCAGGUCACAGCCUCUCAGUUCGGCUGAGACAUUAUGUUAUGAAAAAGAAAUCGAAAAGCUUGGACUGAGAAACCAUUCUCUCCAUGAAGUGAUCGCCCCGGCAGAUAAGGAAAGCAGGAGGAUGUUCAGUUGAACAAUCAAGGGUCUGUGAACUGGUGGCCUUUGCCAUCCGGAAACAUUUAUCUCCAAUCUGAACCAAAGGGGCGGGGGGGAAUCAAAAACCUAUCCCAAGCAUUCAAGACAGUCUUUUCUAAAGACCUCUUAAAGAGGUUUCUAUCACCUCUUCUAGAAACCAGUGCUGGUUUGGCCAAAAACUCCUGCGUCAGAUUUACUCAUCCAGCAGAUAGUAACUUGAUGUCUUACCUGUGCAGAGCACAUCCCCUGUCCCAGAUGUCCAGUACCACGUAGACUCUGCACAGAUGGUUCCCAUCUUGAGGGACUGGGAGGUUGCAAGAACCCUGCUAAUUUCCAAGUCUUCCAACCGGAAUCCCUUUACCUUUGAUGACAAGGGGGUCUUCGUUUUCCCAAAGGGGAAGCGGCUUUUUAGCUAAAACCUACACCCAUGCUGACAUUUUUUUUUUUUUCUUCUGUGAUCAAACAGCAGCAUCAUAUGACUUAGAUGUCUUUCUACCACUUAAAACAUCUGUUUGAGCUUUUAGGAUUUGUCUUCAUUGCCAGAUACAGAAACAUUUGGAAAAUCAGAGAAGUAUAAAGGAAACGUAUUAUUAUUUUGUCCUGUGCCUUCAUCUUGAUCUUCAGAACAAGCUCUCUGGACAAAAGGGACACUUAGAGGGUACAGUGUCCAUGAAGAGCCUCUAUCUUUUAGGGAAAAAAAGCUGCAGGAUUGUGAGGGCAGCUUGGCCCCCCUUCAGGGCUUGGCUGUGGUCAACAGAUGCACCAAGUUUGCUGUCAGCUGUGAGAGGACUCAGAGUGAAAGAGUCUGGAGUCUUAAGUUUUCUUAUAAAUCCAGUAGAAACCAGCAGGGCAGUUGAGAUGAGGAAACUCAACUAGUGCUUUAUUAGAUGAUAUUGCUAGACACACAACAAGACAGUCCUAUAAGCUAGAGAGCUGCUCAGUGUGGUGAGGAGCUGGGUUUGAUUCUGGAAUCCACAUUUUCAGAGGAGCCCUGGCUAGGGUGAGACUAUGCAUUAGGAAAUGACUUUAAGACCGGAAGAGAUCCGAGAAAAAUUUCUCUAUUACCUCCCAGGGAAAUUGCUAUAGACUCAUUGGGUUUGAUAACAUGAAGAAGUUCCCUUCUGAUGGUAGGAGUUGGUGGAAUCUAAGGUUCUAGAAUUCUAUGGAUUAAGACAAGCUCCUGGUGGUCUCUUGUGCUUACUUCAAUCACCUUUGGCCUUGUGAGCUCCCUGUGUGUGCUUUAACAGCUCCAGAGGGUUUGGGGGAGAAGGUCAUAGAAUGAUGGGGAUCCUGGAGGCUGCUGUAAUGUUUUCCAAAGGAAGGGAAGCCACACUGCUCCCCAGAGUUCUCUCCAACGUGCCUGCAGCGAGGAAAGAGGGCAGUGCACAGCUGGGUGCUUGAAAUCCUGCCUCCUGGAAACACAAAGAGGCACUUUGCAAAGAAAUCCAAAGAGCCAGCAUAUGUUCUCUGCAGGGACCCCAUGUGGUGGAGCUUUCAUGUCGGCUCCUUCGCUCAACUAUACAUAACUAGGAAGAAAUGUGGGUGACCAGGAAGAGAAAAGAAGCAAUGGCUAAAUACCAAAGUUGGCAUGUGUUCUUUUUUAAAAAAUAUAUGUAUAUUUUUAAAUAAAAUGUUUAUUUUA